UUUUGUUGUGAUAGCGGCGUUGGGCUCGUGUGUAGAAAUUCUUGCUUGAUAUUUGUGAUUUGUGUUAAUUAUUUCAUAAAAUUGAAAGAAAGAAGUGAACUUUCAAUUGUCUAGCGUGACAACAUUCACACAAAACUAAACAUAGAAAGCCACAAUGUCACAGCGGUUCCGUCAAGUAGCUUUACUAUCCUGUCGCACACCUAUCACACAAUCACAACGUUUUCGUGGUAAAAUCAAUAUACAACGACCACGUGCACCACACUAUGAGCGCGCCAAGGUGCUUGCCGUCGCACAAACUCUGCCAGCGCUGGAGGAACCUGAAAAGCAAAUCACUUGUUUUCAACGACGUCAACGGGAAGCUGACGUAGAGAAUCCUUAUGUUGCGGUCAUUGCGCGAGAAGUACGUAAUUGGCUGGAGCAUUCACGUCUGAUUGGCUUCUAUCACCUCAACUCGAUUAAACAAGAUGAUCUCUUUGAAGUGCGUGUAAAAUUGCACAAACAAAAUAUGCAUCUUAAGUCCUAUGGUAAACAAAUUGUACACAAAGCUGUUGAGGGCACGCGAUUCGAAGCCAUCCUACCACUAUUUGAAAGCAAAAACUGUAUAGUAUUUUCGACAGAGCAGCGUGUUGGACAGCUCCUACGAAUAACACGCCGUGUGCCACAGAUGAUAUUGCUGGCGGGAAUUGUUGAUGAGCGUCUACUUAGUCGAAAUGAGUUUAUGGCCUAUGCACAAUUGCCAGGUUUGCAGGCGGCUCAAGGAGAACUUGUACAAACUCUAAACAUGGCAGCUAGCAAUGUAGUGCAGCAACUAGAAACACAUCAGAAAAAUUUUGUAAAUGUGCUUGAUGUGUACGCCAAGGGUGAACCGGAAACAACCGGACCGGCUAAGGAAGCGAAUGAAGCAGAGAAAGCGUGAAAUUAAGUUACAGUUUUAGUGCGUUAAGUGAAGUUUUAUUUGAAAUCAGAAAAAUAACGAAUAUGGAAUUUGCUAAAAUA